GCUCCUGUUAAGGUAUUCGAACUUCGCUCAAAGAACAAAGAUGGAUUAUUAAAACAACUUGAAGAACUUAAACAAGAAUUAGCUACAUUGAAAGUUCAGAAAAUUGCUGGCGGUAACGCUUCAAAGUUAACAAAAUUAUGUGAAGUUCGUAAGUCCAUUGCCAAGGUUAAGACCGUUAUUUCGCAAAAUCAGCGCGACAAUCUACGAGUCUUCUAUAAAGGUAAAAAAUAUAUACCACUCGAUCUUCGGCCUAAAAAAACUCGAGCUAUUCGACGUAAAUUGACAAAGGAUGAAGCAUCACGAAAGACCAGGCGUGCUCAUAUCAGAUCACUCCAUUUCCCUCAGCGUAAAUAUGCGAUCAAGGCAUAG